AUGAACUGGAUGAAAUGGGACGCAGCAAGGGCUUGCGGGCUGCCAGGCACCAUCCCGCCAUCCGAAAGUCCGUUGGUGGUGUCCAAAGGGGCAGCUGCUGGGCAAGCAUUGACCAAGAAAAUGAGGUAUUGCAACCUUUCAAUAUCUGGGAAUGGCAUGCAAGAGCAACCCCACCUGCACCGUGCCAAGAAUUAA